AUGAAAGCGGUGAAGCAUAUUCUUCGUUACUUGAAGGGGAAACCUAAACUUGGGCUAUGGUAUCCAACUGAUAGUGAUUUAACGUUUGUUGCUUACACUGAUUCAAACUUUGGAGGAUGCAAGUCUACCAGAAAGUCUACCAUAUGUGGUUGUCAAUUCUUGGGAGGGAGGAUUGUGUCUUGGCAAUGCAAGAAGCAAUCUUGUAUGUCUACCUCUACGUCUGAAGUUGAAUACAUUGAUGCGGGUAGCUGUUGCUCUCAGUGUGCUGAAAAGAAACUAAUUGAACUUCAUCGAGUCGACACACUAGAUAACCUGGCAGAUCUUUACACUAAAGAUUUUGACACGGCUCGUUUUGAACAUUUAGUCGAACUCAACGGGAUGAAGAAUCCUGAAUAA